AAAUGACAUUCUUUGGGCACGUGAGUAAUCCUCUGCUCACGUGACGAUUACUUUUAGUCAUGGCCGACGACUACAGGCGACAAGGUUUCGAGUUGGAGAGAAGGAUAUUUGAGUUGGACAUUAAGUGUUCUAGUCUCAGAGCAGAAAAACAAGAUGAUGACUAUUUACAGAAUGCAUCUGCCAUACUAGACAAGUUGAAAAGCUAUUACAGACAAGGAGGGGAGAGUAGCAGCCUCUCCAAGCUGCUUCAGGAUUACACACAGGUAAUCUUAGACAUUACAUUUUAUGAAGAGAAUAAACUGGUGGACCAGGAGUUUCCUGAGGAUUGUUCACCAUUUAAAAUCCAGCAACUUCUGCAAGACUUGACUGAACCAGAGGUUUUGGCAGGGAGACUAGCACCAGCCCAGGAGGUGCAAUCUGUGCUGGGCCUGGAGCUUUUAGAAUGCCUUUACUGGAGACGUGGAGCUCUGCUGUACAUGUACUGUCACACCCUUCAUCAGCGAAAACAAUGGAUAAAGAAAAACAAGGACACGUUCCUUAAGUGUAUUCAGGAAGGUGUACGCUACCUGAUGAGGAUGCUCCAGGUGAGAAACUCUGUCAAACUGAACGAUGGGGUGGUGCUUCAUGAUACUGCAACAGCAAGCUUUCUAUCUGAAGGUAUCUUUUCAGAUACACACCUGUUGACAAUGAUGUAUAUUGGAGAAAUGUGCUUCUGGGCAGUUAAGUACGAGGACUGCAGCGCCGACUCUAUGGAACGUAAAGAAGAUCGCCUCCAGUUUCGGGACAUUGGCACGCAGAUCCUCAAUAAAUACGUGCUUGCCUGUGAGGGCCCUCUACAGGGCCAGGGAUGGAACACAGAGAAUGCCAAGGAAAUCCUUAGUAUUUUGCAGUGAGACAACCUGCAUCUGUGUUGAAGUUGCCUUCAGACACAGUAUAACAUCAGUAUUCAUAUGUGUGUCAACCCCAAAUAAAAUGGAAUUCAUCUGGUGGGGUGUAAAAUUGUGAAAGGUUAAGGGGAGGCACAGAGAGAAAUUUGGAGAAAGGAGUUUUUGAUCAGAGUCCACAGGCAACCCCAACCCUCGCCAAGUGGUCCUGUCCAAAGCAGGUGAAUGAAAGUUGAAAGUUUAAGAUAAGCAGUGUGAAACUGGCAGGGACUGCAAAGGAGGUUGAAUUAUUUUUGCCCUGUCUUGCUGAAAAAGCAGUUAUCAUCCCAAUUCCAGACUGAUGCGUGGGGCAUUUAUUUUGCUCUAGGAAUGUGUUAUAAUAACAUAAAUAUUAAUAUAAAAAUGUUAUUAAUAAAAUUGACUUUUUCAUUUUUUAAGAUUGUUACAAGUUUAAAAAAUAAGACAUUGCACAGUAACAUUUUUAUUUAUUGUUUUAUUGCCAUUUUGUUAUGCUUUUAAUAUAUUACAAUUGCAUACAUAUACAUUAUAAUAUAUAAGUAUGUGUGUAUGAAAAUGCACACAGAAGGUAAAGAAGGAGUUCGAAAGUUUUUGGGCAAUGAUGUCCACAUUGUCCUUUGAAAUAUGUCCAGAUUUGUUCAUACCAGCUUUGUAAAGCACCACUUGUAUUUCCAUUUAUUGCAAAUUCCAUUUUUCUGCCACUUGAAUAACUUUAAUAGUAUGACUAUUAAUUGCGAGUCUGUGUUGUCUGGGCGAAAAGUAUUUUUCGUUUUUUAUGUCUUCGUUGACAAUAAACACGUUGUAAGAAAA